AGGUUGGAGAGUACAUACGAGUACUAUUUUUGCUAUGCUAUUGUGAGCUUAAUGGUAUAUUAAUGGUAUAUUAAAAAGUCUGAAAGAAAUAGAUGUUUGAAAAAAAAUUGGAAAAUGAAACAUUUGCUCUGGACCUGUUUCAGACGAAGAGGAGAAAAUCCCAGUGAUACCAUUCUAGUCGAGUCUAAAAGAAAUAGGAGUUUGAAAAAUGAAAAAUUUGCUUUGGACCUGAUAAAUGAGCUGGCAGAUAGCAUACAAAACAUGCUAAAUGAAAGGCCGACAGUGCGCGCCCUUUUACAACGGUUGUUAACUAAAGGAAGGAAAAGAAAAUUAAACUUCACUGGUUUAAAUCUGUCCAAUAUUAUAAUUCAAGCCAUACAAAAAAAAUAUGAAGAUUGGUCAAGAGAAAAUAUUACAUUAAAUCUAGGAUUCGUCCUAGCGCAUGCAGGAGAUUGGGGCAAAAAAAAAAAGUAUGUUAUAGCAAAGAAGUUAUAUUGA